UCUACCAACUUACCAUAUAGGUUAUUUUAUUGCCACAGUCAGGCUUUCUCUCCAAGUUUCUCUGACAACUUGGAUGUAGCCAAGGGAGACGGCGACGCUUUGAUCGCAUGUGUGCGCGGGUGUGAAUACAAACGUGCACGUCGUGGAGACUAUGUCCCUGCAGGAGGUGAACGCGAGUGCGCCGGAGGGGACAGCCUGUGUGAAGCCGUGGAAUAUCAGCGUGGAAGUGCCCAGCAUGAAUAUGAGCUACACAAACGGAUCAGUCCUCCAGAAACUCGCCAACAGACCCAAAGAGACGGACUCGGUGCGCAUUCUGCUCUACACGCUCAUCUUCCUCAUCAGUGUCUUUGGCAACCUCCUUAUCAUCACUGUCCUGAUUCUCAACAAGCGCAUGAGAACAGUCACCAACUCCUUCCUGCUGUCGCUUGCGCUCAGUGACCUGAUGAUGGCCAUCUUCUGUAUGCCCUUCACGCUUAUCCCCAACAUACUGGAGGAUUUCAUCUUUGGGGCGGCCAUGUGCAAGACAGUCACCUACUUUAUGGGACUCUCUGUCAGUAUCUCAACCUUCAGCCUGGUGGCAAUUGCCAUCGAGCGAUACAGUGCAAUUUGCAACCCACUGAAGUCCAGAGCAUGGCAGACCCAAUCCCAUGCAUAUCGUGUUAUUGCUGCCACCUGGGUGCUCUCUCUCCUUAUCAUGAUUCCUUAUCCAGUGUUCAGCAUCAUCAAGACUUUCCCCAAGACCAAUGGCACAGUAGGCCACAUGUGUCGCCUCCACUGGCCUAGUCAACAAGCUGAGCAAACAUGGUAUGUGCUACUGCUCUUCAUUUUGUUCUUCAUUCCUGGAGUGGUGAUGGCUGUAGCCUACGGUCUCAUCUCCAGAGAGCUCUUCCGCGGCAUGCAGUUUGAAAUGAUGCAAAAUAACACAGAGACUACUGAGCUGAAGAAUGGGGCUGUUGCAGAGCAUCCAAAUGAUGGUGAUGAUGGUUGUUACAUUCAGGUUUCCAAAAACCCCUCCUCGACCGUGGAGCUCCCCACCCUCUCGUCUAGCGCUGCUCAGCCCAAGACUGAGCGUGCUCGCAGCAACACCUCUGAGGCCAAAUUACAAGGAAAGAAGCGUGUCAUUCGGAUGUUGAUGGUGAUUGUGGCUCUUUUCUUCAUCUGCUGGAUGCCUCUGUACUUCGCUAACACCUGGAAGGCCUUUGACCUAAGGUCAGCCUCCAAAGCCCUCUCAGGGGCACCAAUUUCUUUCAUACAUCUGCUGUCCUACACUUCCGGCUGUGUCAAUCCCGUCAUAUACUGCUUCAUGAACACGCGCUUCCGCAAGGCUCUGCUAUCCACCUUUGCCUGCUGCUGUCGCCACCACCUCUGCCGCAAGUGCUGGUGGUUUAAAAAGCGGGAAGCAGGAAGAGAUGACGGCACCACCGCCACUACCAUGGGGAUCACAAUGGCUACCUCUGUCUCAAAGUACAGCUACACAACUGUCAGCACCACAGCCUGAUAAACCUCCAUAAGAGUGCCAUGGAGGGCAGUCUUUUCCUUUACCUGUCAUUCUUCAUGUUCAGAUGUUUUGAAUAAUGUGCUGAGUAAUGCAGCUGCCCUUUGCCCUGUCACUCAUAUUUGAAGUGUAUGUUUCAGAAUGUGAGCCAGUACAGUACUUCUGUUGAAUUGUCAAGUGCCUGAGCUCCUUUAUUUGGUCAUAUUUACAAAAUUAUAUUAUAUUAUAGAUUAUUAAUAAAUACAAUAUAGUAAUUGCACCAAAACAUGAUCAAGGCUAGAUUAAAUCCGAUCAAUUUGAGUAGGGUUACCCAGGCUUUCUCUCAAUUUCGUCUUGUUUUGUUUUUGGUUGUCUACCAUUAUUUAUAACUGGUGUUGUAGCUCAGUACAGUCAAACCUUGGUUAGUGUCAUUCCAGAAGGUCUGACUCAAACCGAAACAUACUCUAACUAAAUACAUUUUUCCUGUAAGAAAUAAUGCAAGUAAAGAAAGCCAAAAAUGUUAACACAAAACACGUUUUUAUAGCUUUACAAUUAUAGUUUUACAUGCAGAAAAUAAUUCAAAAUUCAGUACAUUAGUGUUUCUCACCUCAAGUCUCUGCUUUUGUUUGGAUCACAGUUGCAAAAUAACCCACUAUAGAGACAGAAAGUUGCAAGUGCCAGUAUUUGAUUUAAAAAAAAAGGUGAGAAGCACUACUCAUUCAAGAAAAAAAACUCAUAGCAAAACAUGUAGGCGGAGUCCAUGUUGAUCCCGCUGCCACGUCGCCGUCUUUGUCAAGUCUCACAUCUUCAAUUAAGGUAAAGUUAACCUUAAAUGUUCAUUUAUCUCUUUCAUUUGUGAUUUAUGUGCAUUUCAAAUAGAUUUUUGCAUGUAAAACUUUAAAAACAGUUUUUCUAUUAACAUUCUUGAGACUUAUGCUGUAACUAUGUUAGUGAGCAAAUAACUACAGUCAAACGCUGAUGAUAUAGCAUAAUAGACAGAGCUGACUUCCGGUUCCUGUUUCCUCAUAUUAGCAAGCUAAUAGGCUGCUAACAAGGACGUCUUGCGAUGAGAAAAAAAACAAAAAAAACAUUAUGGACAGUAGGGACAGGCCUCAGCAAGUGUAUUAAUAACGCAUCAAGACGGGGGCCAUAUUAUACGCUAACUGGAAAAUGUACACAAACCAUGUCAUAAUUUUGGUGUAAAUUUUUUACUUUAACCCAAGUAUACGUACUGGGGUGUACGCUAACUGAGGUUGCACUGUACUAGAAUAUGUGUGGUUUUGCAUCUUUGCAUCUUUGUUUCUUUUUCCACAUUUAGUUAUGUUUACAGCUCUAUUCCAAAAUUUACAAAAAAACAUUUUCCCUCUAAAAUUUCACACACAAUACCUAAUGCCACACUGAAAUAAAUUCAUUCAUUCAUGAAUGUUUUUAAGUUUAUUAAAAACUGAAAAACUUAAGUACCAAGUGCAUAAAUCGUCACUGCCUUCACUAUGACAGGUGAAUUCUAUUUCCACUGAUUAUUUUUGUGUUGGCUGUACAACUUGAUUGGAGUGCUCCUAUGUUAAAUUCAGUUACAAUAGACCUGUCUACGGAUGGUCCCACACUUGCGAGUGCAUGCUCGUGCACAAACCAAGCCAAUGCCAGACAUCAGAGACAAGAUUAGAGGCACAGGAGAAGGGUACACAAACAAGUAGCAACACAUGGGGUUGAAGGUGUCUUUAAAAAAGUAAUGGGUAAAAGGGUGGAUACAUGCACAUGGUAUAUUUGAGUGUUUUCCUUUAAUACAUUUGCUAACAUUUCAAAUAAAUUGUUUCACUUUGUCAUUAUGGGGUAUUUUGAAGGAAAUAAUAUUUAGUCCAUCAUUUACAGUAUAUGUGUUGGUUUUUAUAGGCACUCUAUAGUGUGUAACUAUAGUAAAAGUAUAAACAAUACAUACAAGUAAAUAAUAUCAGUUUAUGUAAGUAUAAAUAAUACAUAUAAAUUAAUAUUAAUAUUUUAUUGAUAAAUGUGUAUUUGUAAUUUGUCAGCAUCUGUGAAAUGUCUAAUACACAUGCUUCUAGCAGACUUUUACUAAAUCUGCCAUGGAAAAGUGCUUUAGUGAGCUUGAUCUUGUCUACCGUACUCUCUCUGCCUUAGAUUCAAGAUUCAAGAUUCAAGAGAGUUUUAUUGUCAUGUGCAUGGUAAAACAGCAGUUAUACCAUGCAAUGAAAAUCUUAUUCUGUUCAUUCUUCCACGAAAAGAAAGAAAACACAAGAAAGAAUAAGAACAUAAGAAACAUAAACACAUAAACAUAUAUACCAAUAAAUUAAGCAACAAAAACAGAAGAGACAUUAAUACAAAUAAAUAAUACAAAUAAAUAAAUAAAGUGCUAUGAGUGUGUGCGUGUGUUGCGUGCGGCGUGUGUGAGUGCUUCGUUGAGAAGCCUGAUGGCCUGUGGGUAAAAGCUGUUUGCCAGCCUUGUGGUCCUGGACUUCAAACUCCUGUAGCGUCUGCCUGACGGUAGGAGUGUGAAUAAUGAGUGUUGUGGAUGUGUGCUGUCCUUGAUGAGGUUGUGUGUUAGACCACUCUGCUGCAAAAUGUGCUCAACAUUAUUUAAGCACAAGGUUAUCGCAAAGCUGAAGUGGUUUAAAACGGUUAAAACAGUGUUUGGUUUUAGCAAACACAAUUACAGCCGGAAUUCUCUUAGCUUGACAUACUGUAAACACUUCAUACACCUCUUUAAUGCUGUAAUCCAACAUUCAGAGCACUUUAUGUUAAAAUAAGAGUUUCAGGUCAUGUUCAACCCUUGAACAAUACAUAACAAUACGCUGUAGAUAAAAUUGUUGCAAUACUUACACAUACAAUACAAUACAAAGUGACAAUGGAAUAUAAGUCGGUCCUCCUUUGUUACUAUAUAACAGCUUCAACUCUUUUAAGUGGACUUUAUACAAACUGUUAUGAGUGUGUCUGCAGAAAUAUUUGCGCAUGUAAUCCAGCAUUUAGAAGUUAGAGGUCAUCAUAGUUCAGGGAUCUCAAGUUCUUCCAGUCCAAACCCAUCCAGGCAUGCCUUUAUGGACCCUGCUUUGUGCACUGCACACAGUCAUGCUAGAAGAAAGCAGGGAAGCAUAGAAUUGUCAAGAUUGUCUUCUUGUCUUUAAAUAAUAAUGCUGAAGGGCGACUCGUGCUUGUUGGUGUAACAGUAUGGAAUCACAGGAAUGCCAAAAUUAAAAGGGAAUACAUGUGGAAUUAUAAAGAGAAUCAAUAAUUUAAAAAAAAAUUACAAAUGUAGUCAUAUUCUUUUUCCAUUUUGUCAUUGUUUUUUCUGUAUUGUCUUUGUUUUUUCAAUUUUUUUCACUGCUUUUCCUGUUUUGUCUUUGUCUUUUCAUUUGCUUUUUGUCAUUGCAUUUACUUGAUGGCUCAAGUAAUGGCGAGUAAAGGCAAUGGCAAAACAAUGACCCACCCACAGUGUUUGUGAGGGCGAGGUACUCAGGGCGGGGUAUUCUGCCCGGGUGACUUGUCCAUACCUGAUCACACGAUUACUGCUUAAAGUGCUCAUGACACCAAAACAAGUUAGCAAGAAACAAUAACAAAAUGAAAGUACAGUGUUCCCUCGCUACAUUGCUGUUCACCUUUCGCGAAUUCGCUCUUUUGCAGAUUUUUUUAAAGUGCAAUUUUGCACAUUUUUUUUAAACAGCGUAUGAACGCGCAUUAUGUUUUGCGUCCUGGUGGUGUAUUAUUUGUGCUCCGUUGCUUGGGUCUGUUAUUGUAUUUACUACUGCUACCAGUAGAGGGUGUUAUAUACGUAUGUGAGAGUUGAAGAUGUGUCCAGACCUGUCCACUUCAUCUCAGUAUGUAUACAGCCACAACAGUGCCGAUUGGCCAAGGGAAAACCCGCCCAUUGUGUUCUGCGUUCUGAUAGGCUGUAGCCUAUAAUCAAUCUCCUUCAUGCAGGACUGCCUGUUAUCUGUUGUAGCGAUCAUACAUGCUGAAUGAAGGCGGAAGUUACGUGGCUGUAGGGCGCCUGGAAUACUAUAAUUUAAUUUUCAGUUCAUGGAGGACGACGAGGUGGAAUAUGUUUUAACAAGGAUACAAAAACACUACAGCCUGUACAAGCCACGAUCAGAGGAGUGAGUGACUUAAUUUCUUGUGUCCAAUCUCGUAAGUUGAUCAUUAAAAUUCAAACGAAAUUUGAAAUUUGAGAGUGUUUGAACAACAGAGAAAUGUGAUAAAAUGUUAAUGCCUGUCUGAGAAAAGUUGAAGACAUUCAAAAAACAAAUAAAAACUUUCAAAAUUAACAAGAUGCCGAACACCAAGAACACCAAGAAAAUUAAUUAAUCUAUUAUUCUGUGUAUCCUCUUAAAAUAAGUACUUUAAUUUAAUUUUCUUUUCGAUACGUCCUAAUUGCAGAGAAUUUUUGUGGUUUGACCACAAAGUGGAGCUGUCAAAGAAAUUAGAUGUUGUUUGUUGUGGUGUAUAACUGUAAACACCAAGAAAAGAGUUUCUCUUUUCAAAGCAUCGUCACUGUGAAAAGGAGUUCAAUACUCUAUCAAAAAAAAAUAAUUAAAAAAAGCCAAGCCAGGUAAUGAGGUGCCUCAUAGAGACACAUGUGGAGAAGAGAGAUGAAAGCUUAUACACUGGUACCUCGAUUUUCCUUAUAACCGUAAUUUAAUUCAAUUAAAAAGAUUUGUGUCUAUACUUUGUAACAUGGGAUAUUUAGUACACAAAAAGGUGUUACACAAAGUUUGUUUUUAAAUUUGUAUUAAUUUUUUUUUUCUAAAUAGUGUCAAACAUUGCAUGUAAAGCAAUUGGUUAGUAGCCUAACAGAAAAGUCAGUCAUCGCUGUCUUAAUCUUCCUCCUCGGAAUUGAACAGCCUCAUAAUUCGCCUCGUCACACAUAGCUGUUCAAAACCCAUUGGUGAUAGUGGAUUUUUGACAGUGUUCCAGUGUCAGGAUCCACUGGCAGACUAGUGUUUUUGACCUUCUUUAUCAAACCUGGCAUUUCUAUGGCUCAAUGGCGUAUUAUUUCACAAAUGCAGUGAGUCACCAACCCAUAGGGCACUCACUGCCGUGGAAUGAUACAGAACAGGGCAAACAGACUAGUUUGUUUUACACAAUAUUGUACGAUAACUGAUACAGUGUAUGAACACAGAGGCAAACUUUUGGCAGACAUUUUCAGCAAAAACCUAAUCAUACGAAAACUGAGAUGUUCGAAAACCGAGGUUUGACAGUUUGACUGUAUUUGUUGCCAUUUAAUAUAACUGUUUAUGACAUUUGACAUACAUACUGUCUAUGUAUACAUACCAAAGCUUUUAUUUAUUUUAAUUUGUUAUUGAGUAUUUGUCACAUCUGGUGCCUGCUUGUGCCAUGUGGUAAUAGUGUACAAUUUGUACUGUAGUGUUUCAAUGUGUCACGUUAUUGUGAGGCUUUGUUGUAGUAUAUGUAAGGUUAUAGAUGUUAUUAAUCCUUUGUUUUCUCUCUUGUUUUCCAUGGUUUAGGUUUGUAAGUUAUUCAAAAAAUGUAAUAAAU